GAUUCUCUUACUCGCUCGUCAUUGAUACUGUCUCCCUCACACUUUCAGUUUUUCGCAGUUUUCUCGCGUUUUCCGCCGAAUUUCCCAGCGAAAGUGCGUUUUUUGUGACCAGGAAGCGACGCCGCGUCGUUUGGUACUCCUGGUUCAAAACUCUCAAAAUCCGCGUCAGAAAAAGUCGUGCAAAUUCCCCAAAAAAAUCCGGCGAGUUGCGCUCCCAAAUUUUUACUGAGCGUAAUUUGGGCCCCCCUGAGCCACCCGCCAACUUUUGGCACCCCAAAAAUGAGUUUUUCAGUGGAAAAUUAAUUUUUUAAAAUGUUUUCCACACAUUCCACAACACAUGCGCAUGUAGUGGUAAAUUCCACACGUUCCACACUCAACCACCACAAAACGCAGAGUGAGAUGAAGAUAUUUUUCCUCGUACAUAAAAAGGUCCCAAAGGGUUAAUUUACGCCGACACCACACCAGAUAUUGUCGAAAAAACUCAAGUUAAGGCAUCCCGACUCUUCUGGACAAUAAGAAAUCCAGGAAUAACUACAAUGAAGUGGUUAAAAAAGUGGGAAGCAGCCCUCAUUAAGGAGGUACAGCGCUACCCUCAAAUUUGGGAUGACUCUCAUCCGGAAUAUCUCAAUCGAUUUGGCCGGAGGACACUUUUCACGGACAUACAACACAUUCUGUACACUGAGCACAAAUGCCUGGCCAGUGUGGACAAGAUUAUGGUAAAGUGGAGAAAUAUGAGGACAUACUUCCUCUUCCUUUGCAUGAGAUUGGAGAAGGAGAAGAAGGAGGGUGCUGUUGUGCCGGUCAAUUGGGAUUAUUUCGAAGCAAUGUCAUUCAUUAAACCCUCAAUUUUGGAGAUUAAUGAGAUUAAUAAGUCUUCUCUUCAACAAAAUUGGAGACGAAAUAUACAAAAGGCAUUAAAUUAUAAUGAGAAUGAAGCAGCAAAGCCAGCCGGACCAGUAGAACCAUUGAACAACAAGACUGUCGGCGUUCCUGUGAAAUCCCCAGCAGCUGUGGUUGGGAUGAAGCGGCAAAGGAACUCAAGUGAGGAUCCUCUAGAAAUUCUUUCUGCCGUUAAAACAGAGGAAGAUGAAAGAGAUCCUCUACUCCUUUCACCAAGUACUAGUAUCCUUUCGGAUGAUGAUGCAGAUUCACAUGAUUUCCCAUUGGCUUCAUCAGCUGGAAAGGGUCAUUCCACACCAUCCAUGUCAAUGGACAAUAAGUCAGAGGAGCCAGCGGACAAGAAGUCAAAGAAUGAAAAGGAUCUCCUUUUUGAUACUCUCACUAGCAUACUCAAUAAGAGGGAGAAGGAUUGCGUAUCAAAUUACGCAGACUACAUGGCCAGCAGGAUGCAUCGUUGGAAUUGGGAGAAGCAGCGAAAGGCAAUGCGAAUGAUAAAUGAAGUACUGGACAUAAUUGACAAUGAAGAAUAAAUAAAAUUGUGAAAGAAAAUGGAGCUAAAAAAAGAAAUUAAAUGAAAAAUACUUACAGA